UUUAUUUAUUUUCAGUUAAAUGCUCUUCCUUUUUUGUUUAUUAUGUUAUUAAUGUAAGGAACCAUCUUUUCGUCAUAUAAAGAUAUGUUUGUCAGGGUUUUGGAGCAUCUUAAAUGCUGCUCAAUUGACAUUAGCAAGAGUUCAAGCACUUACUUUCUAUGGAAAUCUCAUUCAGGGUUUGGCCCGAAGCUGUUGACUGAAAUGGAUGAUUUUCUACCACUGCUCAACCGUGACUUGUCAUUGAAAAUUUUCUCGUGUUUGGAUGAACCAGCUGAUGUUGUUCGCGCUAGUGCUGUUUCACAUUCCUUGCGCGCAUUUGAGUCUUUGCUUAAGGUGGUGUCCAGAAACAUCAUGCGCUAUAGAAGCCAUUGCAGGGACAAUAUAAUAGAGCCUUUGAAAGUCGAGACCAACGGUGAUGUGGAAAUGGAGAAGUUGAAGAAAAACCAUCGAGUCUAUGCCUUCCUAGCACGAGGUCUGGAUUGCUUUGUGACAAAUGAUUGCAUUUCAGAGGCUAUAUGUGUGUCUAGUACAGAUAAUUUUCUGGAAGAGAAUAUUGGCAACACUUUGGUACUUGAUGUGGUGGGAUCUUACUGGUCAAGUGCAAGAGAGAGCAAUCCUGAUCUUCCUGAGACGUUGACGUAUAAAUUGGUACCCGAAUUGCGUUUCAUUACUAAAAUCAGAGUCCAGCUAUUUCAAGCUUCGGCCAAGGCUGUGCGAUUUCGAAUGGGCCAUUUCAGGAAACCAGAAGGAGAGACUGAUCUCGUGGGUGAUUAUGAAGCACAUCCCAGAUCCAUUGAAGAUCACGUAGUGUGGACAUACACCUCAGAAAAGUUUCCAAUGCUUCAGGAAACUUCCUUGCAAAUGUUCAGGUUACCAAAACCUGUUUUUUCCAUUGGUGGACUUCUGCAGAUUGAACUGUUGGAUCGGGUUCCUGGUGUCUUACACUUGCGUGUCUCAAGUUGAAGCUGUGGGACGCCCACUCACAGGUGAUUUCAUUGUUGAGCCAAUUGGUCGCUCCGGAAAAUACAUGCUGAAGCACAACCCAUAUGCAGAUACUUGUACCAGAUAUUAUCAAUGUGGAGACGGAGACU